AUGCUUCUCCACGGAGUCCAAGACCCUUCUCUCGUCACUUUCUAUCACCAAAAUAAACCUCCGUUAAACCCUACAGUACCCAUCCUCAGUUCACCUAUGCGCACUUCUCUCCUCUCCUCCUCUCUCUCCCUUCUCCGUUCCCUCUCCCUUUCCCUCCGCCAACAACACAGCUUGCACUUCCCCAAACCCAUCAACGCCUCCCAAAAAUUUCACACAAUUUCAAUUCCAAAGUGUUUCAGUACUUCCAUCGAACAGUUGGCAAGCCAUUCGCAAACCGAAGAAAUAUGGGAUGUUGAUGAAGCUAAGAGGGAAACUUUUAAAUUCGACGACGACGGACUGGGAUUUUCUGGUGCCGGAGGGGACAGGAAGCACUUGGAUGCUCCGACGCUGGAGGUGAAGGAGCUAUCGGAGUUGCCGGAGCAGUGGAGGAGAGCGAAAUUGGCGUGGUUGUGUAAGGAGUUGCCGGCGCAUAAGCCAGCCGCUGUUUUGAGGAUACUUAAUGGGCAGAGGAAGUGGAUGAGGCAGGAAGAUGCUACUUAUGUUGUCGUUCAUUGUACUCGAAUUCGCGAAAACGAGACGGGGUUUAGGGUGUAUAAAUGGAUGAUGCAGCAGCAUUGGUAUCGAUUUGAUUUUGCGUUGGCCACUAAGUUAGCAGAUUACAUGGGCAAGGAGCGAAAGUUUGCAAAAUGUAGGGAGAUAUUUGAUGAUAUUAUCAAUCAGGGACGUGUUCCCAGUGAAUCGACUUUUCAUAUUCUCGUCGUUGCAUAUCUUAGUACGACAGUUCAAGGUAGCCUGGAGGAAGCUUGCAGCAUUUACAAUCGGAUGAUUCAGUUGGGAGGUUACCGGCCACGACUGAGUUUACACAAUUCUUUGUUUAGAGCUCUUGUGAGCAAACCAGGGGUCAUUGCAAAACAUUAUCUUAAACAGGCUGAGUUUAUUUAUCAUAAUUUGGUGACAUGUGGACUUGAGAUACAGAAGAAUAUUUAUUGUGGUCUCAUUUGGCUACACAGCUAUCAAGACACUAUAGAUAAGGAAAGAAUUGCAUCACUAAGGGAAGAGAUGAAGCAAGCAGGAGUAGAGGAGAGCAAAGAAGCGAUUGUUUCCAUCUUGAGAGCUUGCGCAAAGGAUGGUGAUGUGGAGGAAGCAGAAAGGACUUGGCUCAAACUUGUCCGUCUUGAUGAGGGUCUCCCUUCACAAGCUUUUGUGUGUAGAAUGGAAGUCUUUUCAAAGGCACGAGAACCUAUGAAAUCUUUGGAGACUUUCAGGGAGAUGCAGGAGGUUUUAAGUUCGUAUAAUGUUACAACAUAUCAUAAAAUUAUAGAAGUCUUAUGCAAGGCUGAAGAAGUGGAACUUGCAGAGUCACUUAUGCAAGAGUUAGUUCAGAGUGGUAUGAAGCCGCUUACACCGUCUUUUGUUGCUAUAAUGGAUAUGUACCUUAACCUAAACUUGCAUGAUAAAUUAGAGCCCACCUUCUCUGCAUGCCUUGAGAAAUGUCGACCCAACCGGAGUGUCUACAUGAUCUACUUGGAUUCUUUGGUGAAAGUUGGUAAUCUUGACAAAGCUGAGGAUAUCUUUAACCACAUGCGAAAUAACGAAGUGAUUGGUGUUAAUGCUAGAUCAUGUAAUACUAUUUUAAGUGGAUACCUCUCAUAUGGAUACCACGUGAAGGCAGAGAGGAUAUACGAUCUAAUGUGGCAAAAGAAAUACGAUAUUGAAUCCCCAUUGAUGGAAAAGCUUGAGUCUGUUCUGAGCUCGAGCAGGAAUGUGGUAAGGAAACGUAUUAGCCUCAAGCUUAGCAAAGAGCAAAGAGAAAUUUUAGUGGGUUUGUUCUUAGGUGGUUUGCAAAUUGAAUCAAAUGGGAAGAAGCACAUGAUUCAGUUUGAGUUCAAUCAGAAUUCUAUAACGCAUUCCAUUUUGAGGAAACAUUUACAUGGCCAGUACCAUGAGUGGUUACAUCCAUCAUGCAAGCCUAGUUAUGAUAGUGAUAGUGAUGACAUCCCUUACAGAUUUCGUACCAUCUCGCACUCUUGUUUUGAUUUCUAUGCGGACCAAUUUUGGCCAAGAGGCCAACCUCAGCUGCCAAAGCUAAUCCAUCGGUGGCUGUCACCUCAGGUUCUUGCAUACUGGUAUAUGUAUGGGGGCCACAGAACAUCAUCAGGGGAUAUUGUGUUGAAGCUGAAGGGAAGUGUUAAGGGUGUUGGAAGAGUUGUCAAAACAUUGAAAUCAAAAUCUCUGGAUUGCAGGGUUAAGAGAAAGGGGAAAGUAUUUUGGAUAGGUUUUCUUGGAAGCGUUUCUACAUGGUUCUGGAAAUUGGUAGAACCUUAUAUUAUUGAUGACUUGAAAGAUUUUCUAAAAGCUGGUGAUCAUACCUUGGAGAAUAAUGUGGCAGAACUUCAAGAUAUGAACUUUGAUAAUGGGUCUGAUUUUGAUGAAGAGGCAUCUGAGGACAGUGACAGGGACAGUUCUUAG